AUGUCUGUCGCACGUAGGCAGUCCUCUCAAUCGCCCUCGUCACGCUUUGGGCACUCAUCGAAUGCGACAGAGUUUGAAGAUCGCUCGCUGGACUUUUGCAACUCAUUCUGGGGGCCAGGCGACGCUGGAUAUGAGGUCCUCACGUCGCGCAUGCGCAUUGCAAUGAAGACUAUCGAGGAUCUGAGGAACUUUUGGAGAGAAAGAGCGGCGAUAGAGGAUGAUUAUGCCAAACGGCUCGUACGACUCUCCAAACAACCUUUAGGUCAAGGAGAGAUUGGUGAACUCAAGAAUUCGCUCGAUGUCCUCCGGCAAGAGACAGAGCGUCAAGCUGGACAACAUCUAUCGCUUGCCAUAUCGAUACGCAAGGAACUAGAGGCCCCUGCCAACGAGUUCCUCGCCAAGCAGGCGCACCACAAGAAAACGUAUCAAAAUUCGAUCGAAAAGACGUACAAAGCGAAACAGAUGAAUGAAGGUUAUGUUGCAAAGGCCAGAGACCGUUACGAACAGGAUUGCCAUCGCAUCAACUCCUUCACUGCUCAGCAGUCGCUCGUCCAGGGACGAGAGCUCGACAAGGUUACUAUUAAGCUCGAGCGUGCUCAGGGUACAAUAGAGGCCAACAAACGAGAUUACCAAAACUUUACGCUGGCUCUUGCCGAGACCGUCUCACGAUGGGACAAGGAAUGGAAAGACUUUUGCGACAGGUGCCAGGAUCUCGAGGAGGAUCGUAUCGAGUUCCUCAAGGACAAUGUCUGGGCCUAUGCCAAUGCUGUCUCUACGGUCUGCGUGCACGAGGAUGAGGCGAGUCAUCUCCACCACUCGCGGUCAUGUGAAUCUAUCAGACUGUCGUUGGAGCGCCUCGACGUCCCAAAGGACAUCGAAACCUUCAUCACUAAUCAUGGCACUGGAUCCGCCAUCCCUGAAGCGCCUCCGUUUAUCAAUUACUCCUCUCCGGAGCCCACGCCAGCCCGACCACCGGUUCGUCAAGCCAAUUUCGAGCGGUCAUCAACCCGUCCACAAUCGAUCAUGUCACCCGCGAUCAGCCAGGUGCAACGCGAGGAGGAACCAGUCGAUGCUGGCGAGGCGGGAGUGGGCGCCAAACACGCAAGAGGCGCGUCAGGAAGUUACAUUGGAACCCAAGAAACUGGUGCAGGUAGUAUUCUCAGCCAUCAAGCACCGCCUACUCUCCCGCCGAGUUCGAUGCAAGGUGGACCAGCUCCUGGGAUGGGCUACCAUACGCAAACCGGUAGCAUUAGUUCCAUACAUAGUGGGUCACCUUAUGGACAGCCUACUCUGCCUCCUUCCUCUAGUAUCAGCAACGAUCGCCGCACGUCUUAUCAAGCAGGGCCCAAUUCUUCUGCAGACCCGGGUACAUACGACUUUGCAAAAUCCGCACAUAUUCAACCUGGAGCGCCUAAUGACCCCCUCGAGCAACAACUACAACUCCUACGCGGCGGGGGCGGUGGCGGCGAUAGCGUUCAUCGAGGUAACAGCACGCGAGCACCUGCUUCAACUCAUCAGGCCACCAACUCUGUACAAAGUAACAGCCACAGAGCUGUCUCUCCUGCGCCUGCGCCUGCGCCAGCUGCACUGUCCCCACCCACGAGCAGCGCCGUGGAUUAUUCAGAAUCGGCAAAUGCCAUUGUAGGGCAACACCCUGCGUCUCGUCCCAGCUCCCCGGCACUUUCUGUCGCACCACAUCCUGCCAUGAUGCAACCUGGAGGUGUCCGUGCACCGAGUCCUGUCGAAAAGGUCGUCGCCGAGUAUGGACAGGCGUUCCCUGGCGAACGGAGGCGGUCCGGAAGCAUCAAUACACAGAACCACCAGCGUGGGAGAACAGAAAACUCUGCUCCCGGUCAGCGAUCUGUCAGCCCUGGAUACGCUGGCGUUGGCGCGAACGGCCGUAGUCCAAGCCCUCAACCGUUCAAGAGACUGGCGUCUCCGGGACCCGGAAAUCCCCAACAAUCUCAACAAGUCAAUCUGGGACAGCAAUACAACCACGUGUCACCCCCUCCGAAUGCGGAUCGUCGAGGCGCGAGCCCAGCUCUGCAACCAGCCACCGGGUCUGUUAGGCGAGCCGCUAGCCCUGCUGGUAUCUCUUUAGAUGCAACAGGUCAAGUAUCUCACGAUAGUUUGGCUCGCGACCCGCAGCUCAACAACUAUGGACGGUCGGCUGCAACCCCUAUCGCGGCCCCAGUCCCCACUCCCAUGAAUCAGCCUGGUCCAAACUAUGCGUAUUAUAAUCAGUCACCAGCGCAACCCCAGCAACAACAGCAACAGCAAGUUGUAGCUCCUAUGCAGGGACCUCCGAGCAUGCACAUGGGACAACAAUCCAACUUCGUUGCUCCACCUCCACCGCCGAUGAACCAGCAGCAGGUAUACAACAUGUAUCAGCAGCCCGUUCAACCUGUCCAUAAUCCUAUGGGAUCUCAGGGCUCGCUUUCUCAGUACGGCGUAUCGCAGCAAGCCCAAUACCAACCCUCACAACAGCAACAGCAGUUGCAACAACAACAACAGCCACCACCACCGCCUGUUGCGAAUAAUCAACCGGCGAUGUAUGCCCAACCUGGCUACGGUAUGCCUAUGCAGAACGCUAGCAACUAUGCCCAACAACAACUGCAACAACAACAACCCCAACAGCAGCAGCAGCAGCCUCCUCAGCAACACCAGGGCCAGCAUAUGCAAAUGGGUGUUGGGAUGAUGCCUCCUAACCAAGCUCAGCAACCACCAUCAAACCCGGUUUCGGUUGCGCCUACCCAGGGCAACAGGGAAUCGCCCACACCGCCUACGGGCAAUUAUAUUGAGGAUCGUGGCAUUCUGUUCUAUGUCAAAGCGUUAUACGACUAUACCGCGACCAUUGAUGAAGAGUUCUCUUUCCAAGCUGGGGAUGUUAUCGCCGUGUUGGCCACUCCAGAUGAUGGUUGGUGGCAAGGAAUCCUACUUGACGACUCGCGUCGCCAGCCUGGACGAACCGUGUUCCCAAGUAACUUUACCGGAAAUGGCCCGUCAGCUUUCAACGGUGGUGGUUCUGGGAUAGAGGUGCCCACGAGAGCAAACACAGUUGGCGAGAUUCCACAACUAACCCAAUGGCCGGGCACAAAUGAGGACCACCGGCGCGAGCGCCAUCAUGUUGAGCCUCAGCGAUACCAAUCACAAAUUUCCCAAGAUUCGGAAGACUCUGCACUACCCUAUCUACAAGACGACUCUCCUUCAACUCCCGCAGUGCCUUCACCGCGUCCUCAGUCUUCACCCUUCCCCUUGUUCAGACCCCAAGGGUUCCAGAUGCCGCCCAGCGCCCAGUCCUCACCUGGUGCAGGGUAUCCACCCGUUCCUGCGUUUGAUUAUCAUGCACAGGCCCUCUCCGUGGUAGGUGCCCAUCCAUCGACUGGCAUCAAGGACAAGCCGGCGCCGUUUCCAGUCAUGAUGAUGGCUCCUCAAAAUGUAGUCAAACCUCGGGAGAGCAUGCCCGUAGAGGCGGUCAUGGCACGAUAUGGGCACGACAUUCGUGAUGACUCUCUUCCGACGUUGGCUGAUCCACGUAGGGAGAAGAACCCAAGUAGAAUGGCCCAGCAAGAACCAAGCCAGGCUGGACCUCCACCAUCUCUACCGCCAAUUCAGGAGCCCCAGAGACAUAGACUUACGCGCCCGUCAUCGUCAUCGCGCCGAGUGCAAUCUCAGAUGCCGCCUCCUAGACAACCUCCAAUCGAACAAACGCAACCCAAGUCUCAACAGCAGUCAGAGUCACGGGGUUCGGAAGAAAAGAAGCGGAGCGCCUCGUUGCUGAGAAAGUUGACGAAGAAGCGGCCCGCGAGCACGCCAGCGACAAACAGAAAUCCCAAGGAGCCAGAAAUGCGAGAUCCGCGUCUUGAUCCAACAAGGCGGAAUGAAAUCAUGCCCGAGAUCAUGUUUCAUGCGCGCGCCACACAGGAUUAUGAGAUGCAAUCAUAUGAUGAGCUCGGGUAUUCUGCAGGGGAUAUCUUGGCCAUUACUAGUGCGCCGGAGAGCGGGAGAUGGACUGGCUACGUCGUUGGCCAAAACGAUGGGCGUCAGGAGCCUCGGAUAGUGUACCGUACCUACCUUUCGCUACUCCAACGAGUGGACAGUUCAAGGUCCGCUGGACAGCCUCUGUUCUUUGUGGAGGCGGUUUACAAUUAUCAGGCGACAAGAGAAGAUGAAUUCAAUUUUGUAGCUGGUGAUAUUAUAGCGGUUCUCUCUACACCUUCAGGGGCCUACUGGACCAAUCGCCGACUGCAUCGUAUUGCUGCUGAAAUCCUCAACAAUUGCAUACGAGCUUUGGACCUGCAAGGUCUACGCUUUCUCCCGCAUCAGACGGGUCUAAAUGUGACGAUCGGAGAGCUUUUGCAGACUCUAGAAGUUACAACGUUGUCAUGGAUUGACGCCAAAUACAAACGUAAAGUGAACCGUUUACGGGAAGCUUCUGGGGCAACAGACACGUACAUCUUUGAUGAUAUCAUGAUGUGCUGCAAUCAAAAGACGCGAGUACGGAGAUUGGAACUUUUUGGGCUUGACGCCACCAAGCAGGAUCCCGUCUCGAAUUCACUCGGUCGUCCAUUGGAGAUUGGUCAUGAUUACAGCGCUGCGCACUCAACCUUUGGACCCAUUAGCGUAGAAUGCUACGACUCGGGCCAAGAUUUGCUGUGCUUGGUACACAAACAAGAAAAUAUGUUGUCUGGGCCACUGCACAUGUCUCUCUAUUCCUUACGCUCGCUGCUCCCACACCCACUUGCAUUAGAACCAGUGCUCCGAGUACCGGCUCAUUUUAUCGAUGGGCAUCUAGAAGCAGUCUUCAUCUGUGGGCGAAGCAUUGGACUUCUCAUCCAGAAUUCCAGUGAUGGGGACUGCAUCGUGGUGUUCAGAUGGAAGGGGACAUCCAUUUUCCCGGCAAUCUUCAGAUUGACGCCAAUCAACGAACAAAUACUACACAUGAUCUUCAUGGACGAGGAUCAUCCACUCGUCUUGACUGCGCCGCGACUUUCUAUUGAAGAGCAAGAUCAUGCAGACGAAUUUGCUUUCACCCCAGUCAAGCUGCGCAUACUGGAACUACAAGAAGUCCACGGCAAUAUAUCAGAUGCACUCACGCUUUAUGCAACAUCUCUGCUCUGCGAAGGGCCACAAUUCCUCUUUCCACCACUCAAACCUCACGUCACAUUAGACCAGGACAUUUCUUGGAUUCUGCCUUAUCAUCCUUCAUCGCCAUGUACUUCACUGGCUGUCGCACCACACCUACGACCAUCGCCUCUCUACGAUCCAGCACCUCAUUCUGGCGUUUUCAUCAUCCACCUUGGCGGGAGUUCAGGUCAGGGGGAAGACGAGGAAUGGCAGGUACAAGUUGCCAUUCUCAAGUCCGAGUUGAUGCCCUGGCGAGAUCAAGAACGACGAGAAGUCGAAUGGGACAGUUGGGGAAGAGAUGCAACACGAAUCUUCCAACCACGGCCAGAUAUCGAUCCCAGCAAUGCGGUUGACCCACUCAAGUCUUGUUUCAUGACUUGGGUGGAGAACUACCGUACGGCCGCAAUUGCAUUCGACUACCACAAGGAAAUUCAACUUUUUCAUGUCCUGGAUUUCAAUCCUUAUACGCUCCGACGUGUGAAAGAAUCCGAAGCAUGCACUGGAACACUCGUCACAGAGCCAUGGGUUUUGCAAUACGAUUCCUCUCCUUUUCUGGUCAACGUUGAGACAUGUCUUCCUUUCUAUGUCGUCGACUUUGAUCUGGGUGAUAUCGGUCUAGGAGCGGGGAAUGGGGAGCCAUGCAUGAUUAGACUCUCCAGUACGGGCCUGCUGUUUGAAAAGGACAAAUUGGAUAUCGAGGAGACUCAAGUCGGGUUCUGUUGGAUAGACGAUGGUAUCGAUGCGUAUCUCGACGAACAGGGUGGCCUCGAAAGGAAUACCCCAAGCCCGAUCAGCAGUGAUUCCUCUUCAAGUAGUCCACACAGCGCUUCCGUGUAG